AUGAAGCUCAGCUCGAACCUGUCUUAUCUCGCUGCCGUCGCCCUGAUGGGUGGUGCCACGAGCUUCGCGGCCAACGUCAAGCCCCAGCCUGGCAACAUCCUUCUUAGCACCUUCGGCAUCGUAGGACUCGGUACGGUCAGCCUGCAGCUCGACCCCACCGCGCGGGACCAGACCAAGCAGAACCAGAUCUGCUACAACGGCAAGGGGGCUCGCUGGCGCAUGGACGGGGCCGGCAGGGACGUUUGGGUCACGGUCGGCCACUGCCUUGCCAUGAAAGACAUGCUGCCUCAAGAUGACCAGGUCUGGAACGCCCUCCUCAACGGAUGGUCAGGUGGCCGUCAGCCAACGGACUAUUCCAUCUACAUCGAAGGAAGGGCCAUCCAGCCCGGAAGCCACACCCUUGGAAAGUUCACGGCUUCCGGAUAA